GAUGAAUGAAGAUUGGACAACUAAGAAAGUAGACAAAUAUGUUGUAGUAAACAAAACUUUGGGCUAAGGAGCUUAUGGAAUCGUAUAUAGAGGCUUUCUUUAAGAAGACGAAACUAAACAAGUGGCUGUAAAAACCAUAAAAAUAGCUGUAAAUUUGUGAAGAGUUAACUUUAUUAGACAAUUUCAGAUACUCCAAAAAUGAUUGAGUUGAUUAAAAGAGAAAUAGCUAUCCUUUAAAAAAUCAAUCAUCCAAAUAUAGUAAGAUUGUUUGAUGUAGCACGUACUAAUAACUAUUUGUACAUGUUUCUUGAAUAUUGUGCUGAUGGAGAUCUAAAAGAUUAUAUGGCCAAAAAGGAGGAAAAAAGAUUAAGUGAGGUAACUCUCAUUGAUUAUUUUAUAAGCUUGAAGCUGUGAUCUUUAUCAAACAUAUUGUCGAAGGAUUUAAAAGAUUGUAUAAGCAGAAAAUUAUUCACAGAGAUAUAAAACCAGCUAAUAUUCUUCUUCAUUAAGGAGUGGCUAAGAUUACUGACUUUGGUUUUGCACGUGUAAUGGAUUCAGAAAUGAAUGGUAUUUUUAUCAAUUCAAUUUUUCUUUAGAUCCUGCUUAUCUAUCAAGAUUAGGAUCACCUCUUUAUAUGGCACCAUAAAUUCUUGAAGGUCAACCAUUCUCAGCCAAAUGUGAUGUCUGGUCUGUUGGAGUUAUGUUUUAUGAACUUCUUUAUGGUAGAACCCCAUGGUCUGCUGAAAAUGCUUAUUCUCUAUUAGAGAACAUAAAAAAAUAAGUAUAAUAUUCAAUUAAUCAAUAAAUAAGUCAUUAAAAUUUCCACCUAAGCCAGUAAGAUCUCAAAAAAUCAAAGAACUUAUAACUCUAAUGUUGAGAGUUUAAGAAAAGGACAGAAUAUCUUGGGAAGGAGUUUUCGAAGAUCCUACAAUUAAAAUAGAUGAAGAGACAAUCAAAGAAAAUAUGAAAAAUAUCUUGAAAGAAAAAGGUAGCGAUAAUCGUUAUUUAUAAAGAUGAAAUUUCCAAAUCCAUCAGUCUCAAUAAAUUAUAUAUUGAUCAAAAUUUAGUUGUUGGUUAUUUGGCUAAAAAUCCUAUUAAUACUCUUGAAAACUCUAAUCAAUAAACUUUAGAAGCUUCUGCUGAAGCUAGAUCUCAAUCAGCUAAAUUUUCAAGUUAAUUUGAUUCUGAUUCUAAUGUAAAUUAUAACAUUAAAAAUCUUAGGCUGAUAUUAUUAUGAGCAAUUACAAAAAUGAGAAAAAGAGAAGAGAUGCAAUGCUCAAAUAUAAUAAUUACUUUCUAUUUGAAAGAAAUAUUGCUUUCUUUUUUAACUUUGUUAUACAAAAAAUAAUUAAAUUAUAAACGAAAUUAUAGCUAGCAAAUGAUAAUUAUUUCAGAUUAAUUUAUUUAAUAGCCAAAAAUCAAAUGGUUCAUCUUGAAAGAGUCAAUUAAUAAUUAUAAAGAAAAGAUCAUGAUAAAUUUGAUAAAGAAACUUGGGGUAGAUUUUUAGCAUCUUAAGUAUAUCAUUUAAUUUUAAUAUAUAGGAAUAUCAAAAAUUAAUUUAAUUAAUUUCAAUGGAUAUGAAACAUUCAUUAGAUUUCUAUACUGAAAUAUCAAAAAAAUGCAAUAUAGUUUAAUAAGAAGAAUUAGCCAAUGGAAAAGCAACAGGUGCCGUAUAAAGUUUGAUUAAGAAUUUCUUAUCAAUUUAAAAUAAUAAUUUUGAAGCAAAUGAUACAUUUCAUAUGCUCUAUAGAGAUAUUAUUGUUGAGAACUUGAAAAUCAUUAAAAAUCUAAAUAGUAAAGAAACUGAAAUUAAUUUGCUCUUACUUUAUCUUUUAAUAUGCUAAAAUCCAUAUGAAGAAUUUAAAGAUAUUAAUUAUGACUUCAAUACCUUUUAUGAAGAAAUAGAAAAUUUAACACUUUAAGAAGUUCAAGAAAAGCUUCAAAAAAAAGGAUAAAAAUGA